AAAAUUUGAAAACAAAGAAAGAGGUGAGAGAAAGUGAUAGAGAGAUGAUUUGUUCCCAAAAAUUUCAGAAGAGCGAAUUAGAAUAGAUUGCAGUACCCAAUAAAACUCCGAUUCUCCUCUUUGUUCGUAAGAGAUUCAGUUGCAAUCCCCCACUUAUUUAUUCCAACUAUUCACUCUCUGCUUACCAAUUUCUCCGAUUCAUCGCCGGAGCCGAUGGCAAUUCAGGCCACUUCUUGCACUCCGGCACUGAUUAAGUUCGGAUUGGCUACCAUUGCCCUCUGUAUCGCCGGCUACAUUAUCGGCCCUCCUCUCUAUUGGCACUUCGUCGAAGGUUUGGCCGUCGUUAGCCGCUCCUCCUCUUCUUCCUCCUGCCCUCCUUGUUUCUGCGACUGCCCUUCUCAGCCCGUCAUCUCAAUUCCCGAAGAAUUGAGGAACACUACCUUUGGAGAUUGUGUUAAGCGUGACCCAGAAGUGAGUCAAGACACCGAGAAGAACUUUGCAGACCUAUUGUUAGAGGAGCUGAAGCUAAAGGAAGCCGAAGCGUUGGAAAAUCAGCGACGUGCUGAUAUGGCUCUACUCGAGGCGAAGAAGAUGACAUCUCAGUAUCAAAAAGAGGCAGACAAGUGCAAUUCCGGGAUGGAAACAUGUGAAGAAGCGAGAGAGAAAGCCGAGGCAGUAUUAGCUGCACAGAAGAGACUAACAGCAGUGUGGGAGCUAAGGGCUCGCCAAAGGGGAUGGAAGGAAGGGGCUGGCAGGUCUCGUAUCCAAAAGCAGGGAAAUAUUCAGACUGCAUAAAAGGGCAUUCCAAACAGUAACACUUCCUCCCAUUCUGAAUUUUUGUUUUCCUAUAUAUAUAUAUUCUUCCGAGCAGUAACUUAAAUCUUACUCUACGUCGCUACAAAUAGAUCGAAGGGAUUAUUACAGGUAUCUUUAGCAAAUCGAAAUGUCAAUUACCAUUUUAGUUAAUCACAAAGAAGAAAACGUUCAUUAGUUGAAAGCAACUAAUGUAUGCAAGAAGUUGUGUUACUCUACUCUCAUUUGUCCAUCUCCAUUGUGUAUUUUGAAGUUCCAUUCUCUGACUGUGAAAGCAAAAUUCUUCUGGGUUUAAACAAGUUUGAUAGUAUACAAAAUUCAAAUA